UAGAUAUUGUGUUUCUCAACAUUUAUUCAGUUGUGCUAACAAUCUGACGCGAAAAUACAAUUAGAAACCUAAAACAAUAUGAGAAUCUGUUUAACAUUAUGUUUAAUGUUUGCCGUAUUUUGUGCCCAAAGUAAUGGUGCCAAACAGACAAACUACGAGUACUACACGUCCGGUGGUAUCGAAUCGGGUCUGAGGGCCGACUCCGUAGACUUCACUCUCAACGGAAAGAAAAUCACUUUAUUUAGCGGUUCUUUGCAUUACUUCCGAUUACCCAAAGACUACUGGAAGGACAGGCUAUUGAAGUUCAGGGCCGCCGGACUUAACACCGUGCAAACAUACUCGCCAUGGAAUCUACACGAGGAGACCCCCGAUAACUGGGACUUCGAGACGGGUUACCUGAAUCUGAAGGACUUCCUCGAGGCUGUCAAAGCCGCCGACAUGUUUGUCAUGUACCGGAUCGGGCCUUACAUGUGCGGUGAGUGGGACUUAGGGGGUUACCCCUCGUGGCUGCUCAGGGAUCCCAACAUGAAGCUCCGGUCUAACUAUAAGCCACACUUGGAUGCGACGGAGAAGUACUAUAACAAAGUACUCGACAUUAUUAACGACUACCAGUUCACGAAAGGCGGUCCCAUAAUAGCCAUGCAAUUCGAGAACGAGUUCGGAGGCAUUCAUAGUAAUGAUGAUAAGGAGUACUUCGAGUUCAUGAAGAAUGUCAUCGAUUCCCACGGAUUCAAAGAAUUGCUCACUAAUUGCGAUCCGUUUGAUACGGCAGCCGACGCCGCCAAGAAUGUCCUCCAAGCACAGCCUAAUAAGCCCCUGUAUGUGACCGAGUUCUGGCCAGGGUGGUUUGACCAGUGGGGUGAAAAACACCACACCUAUGAUAUCAAGACAUUGGAAAAGGAGGUGACGGACGUACUGUUCAAAGCCAACUCAUCCAUCAAUUUCUACAUGUUUUUCGGUGGCACUAACUUUGGGUUUANUAUUUUCGCGACAGACUGUUAG